AGAAGUAUUUUUCAUGUAACUUUUGUCUAUAAUGUUAGUUCGAUUCUCAAUUAACAGAACGGAUUACUGUUUUACUGAAAUCUCAACAGCAAUGCUUUUAUUGUUAUUUGUACUCUGUCAACUAUCUCAUGGGUAUGGUGCGUGUACCAGAAACUUAUUACAGAUUGACGCUGAAGAACAAGCCAGUGAAGUGUUUGUUGAAGAGGAGAAUGCCAAUAAGUUCUUAGGACGCCACCUGAUGUUCAACCGGUUUGAUUUUGAGAUCUUCACUCCAGGAAACCUGGAAAGAGAAUGUUAUGAGGAAAUAUGUAAUUAUGAGGAGGCACGAGAGGUCUUUGAGAACACUCAGGACACAGAAGACUUUUGGAAAAAAUAUACAGGCCAAGAGCAACGCCCAUCAAGACUCGAUGUGACAGCCUUAUUGGUAGGACUCAUCGCAGGUGGAGUCUCCAUUGUUAUAACUGGAAUACUUGUCUGGUACUGCUGUCAGAAGAGGUGUAAGAACCGUGAAUUUGCUGGCCCCAUCAGGGUUCGUUCCAGGCGAAAUAAUACAUCUCUAAGGACACGAAGGGUGGAGGAAGUAUCCCUACAGCCUCUACCAGGAGAGACAGAUGGCCUUCCCUCUUAUGAGCAGGCCAUUUCAAAGUCAGGACCACAUGAUGCUCCUCCUCCACCAUACCCAGGAUCCCAGCCCGGCAGCAUUAGACGAUGACAUCGCGUUUUGCAAGUUUUGUUGGAAUACACUGUGUCUUGAAUUUAAAAUAAGAGAAUUGAAUAUAUUAUGGGCGGUUUUAAAACACUUAUUAACUGAAAGAAACUAGUUGAUACUACUUGAAUGAAACCACACCUCAAAUGAAAUAUGAAUACAGACAUGUAAUUGUACAGUUUAUUACAUGACUUAAUUGCA